AUGAACGUCCGAGACCCCUUCAACAUCCGCACUGGCAGCUUGAACCGGCCCCCGAUCGCCACGUGGAAGAGCAACCGGAGCUACAACUCGCCGAGCAACAACCCUUUCCCUGCUCCGUUGCACCAAAUAAUCCGAACCGCUGCCACCGCGACCCAGUCCGCAGCCGCUGACCUCCGCGACAAGGCGGGAGAGGUAGUCCAGUCCGCGCAGCAGGUGCUCGCCGGGGCCGCGGCCGCAGCGCUCGACACCGGCGGCGACCACACCGACGCCGUAGCCGAACCGCAGCAGGAGCGGAAGCAGAAGCACAGGACAGGCGCUCCCUAUCAACUCGAUCGCCGACAGCAGCAGCCGCAACCCCGCCCGGACAUUGACCUAGAAAAACAGGCCCUGCCCCGCAAGAAUAAGGACAAGGACAAGGAAAAGGACAAAGAAAAGGACAUGUCGUUUGGUGUGCCACGGAAUGUGCCCUCCUUCACGAACCCGCAGCGCCAGAACGAAGACCGCCUCUGGGCAGCCGCCACCGCGUCCUCCCGCCAGCGCGCCACCGGCGGCGGCGUCCUAGGCGGCGUGCAGAGCCUGUUCUCGCCGCACCACCACGGCCGCGCCUCCGCCACCGCCCUGCCCAUGUACAAGGACAAGCCGUACAUGUACCCGCCCGGCGGGGCGGGGGGCUAUGAUGAGUUCCACCCCGAGUCCAGGAACGGGAGGCGGAUGGCGCCGAAGGGGCUGGGCUGGAUCAUCAUCGACUCGCUCGACACGCUGAUGCUGAUGAACCUUACCAGCCGGCUGACGCACGCGCGGGAGUGGCUGUCUAAGUCGCUGACCUGGGACCAGGACCAGGACGUGAACACGUUCGAGACGACAAUUCGGAUGCUCGGAGGGUUGCUGUCAGCGCAUUAUCUGUCGACCGAGUUCCCCGACUUGGCGCCAAUUUCGGACGACGACCCGGGGACCCCGGGGGAGGAUCUGUACCUCGAAAAAGCAAAGGAUCUAGCAGACCGGCUGAUGGCGGCCUUCACCUCGCCGUCUGGGAUCCCGUACGCCAGCGUCAACCUGGGGCAGUACAAGGGCAUCCCCUCACACACCGACAAUGGGGCGUCAUCGACGGCCGAGACCACGACGCUGCAGUUGGAGUUCAAGUACCUCGCCAAGCUGACAGGCGAGAAGGAGUUCUGGGACAAGGCCGAGCGGGUGAUGCAGGUCGUGGACGACAACGGUGCACGGGACGGCCUGGUGCCGAUUUACAUUUCGGCGGUGACGGGCAAGUUCCAGGGCGAAAACAUCCGGCUCGGCAGCCGCGGCGACUCGUACUACGAAUAUCUGAUCAAGCAGUAUCUGCAAACCAACAAGAAAGAGCCCGUGUACCGGGAGAUGUGGCAGGAGGCCCUGCAGGGCGUCAGGAAGCACCUCGUCACCUACACGGAGCCGUCUCGGUUCACCAUCAUCGGCGAGCGACCAAGCGGGCUGGGCGGCGACCUCUUGCCCAAGAUGGACCACCUCGUCUGCUUCAUGCCGGGCACGAUCGCGCUGGCGGUGACGGGCGGGCUGACGGAGAAAGAGGCCAAGAAGCUGCCGACGUGGACCAAGCAGGACGAGGCCGACAUGCAGCUGGCGCGCGAGCUGAUGCACACGUGCUGGGGCAUGUACAAGUACAUGGCGACGGGCCUCGCGGCGGAGAUCACGUAUUUCAAGAUCGCGCGGCCGCCGCUGCCCGAGUCGGCGCCGCACGAGGCGCCGGCCGAGUUCGACCCGGCGCCGGACGCGGCGUGGCGGCGCGACUACGAGGUCAAGCCGCUCGACAGCCACAACCUGCAGCGGCCCGAGACGGUGGAGAGCCUAUUCUACAUGUGGCGCAUCACGGGCGACCCCAAGUACCGCGACUGGGGCUGGGACAUGUUCAAGAGCUUCAUGAACCACACGGCCGUCGACGGCGGCGGCGGCUUCACCAGCCUCGCCAACGCCAACACGGUCCCGCCGGCCACGCGCGACAACAUGGAGAGCUUCUGGCUCGCCGAGACGCUCAAGUACUUCUACCUGCUGUUCUCGCCCGACGACCUGCUGCCGCUGGACAAGGUGGUGUUCAACACCGAGGCGCAUCCGCUGCCGCGCUUCGACAUGGGGCCGCUGUUCUCGACCGGGUGGAAGAGGAAGCCGCGGGAUGCGGAGGGGAAGAUCAUUGAGUAG